GCCUCGAUGUGUUCCAGUGUCAGUCCCUAAAUCGACUCUUUCGUUUCCGAUCCAAACAGUGGAGCCAACAUCGGAGAGGGAUUCCGUAGAAGAAACCACCAAUUCUGAUCCAUUCUCUUUUCGUUUCCUCGUUGAUUCCAACUCCUUUAGAUCUCAACUCUACUUGCUUUACUUCAGAUCCCAAGUUCAUCCUCUGUUACAGAGAAAGUGUGAAGAAGCAUAUUUUAGAGUGAUAAAAAUGGCGGGACCACUGCGCGGUGGUCGAUUAAGCACCGGCGGAGGAGGGGGGACUGUCGGUGCCGGAGGACCUCUUCGGAGCUUCUUCUCUUACCGGAUCUUCGUUUCUGCCAUGUUUACUCUUCUCUUCCUUGUUACUCUCUCUGUUCUCUUCACCACUAACCCUUCUACUAACCAUCACGAUUCAGUUCUGCCCAGUACCGGACCGCCGGUACAGGCCUACGUUCACCGGACAUUUCUGGCUCUAAAAUCGGAUCCAUUGAGGACGCGAGUCGACUUGAUCCGCAAGCAGGCCAAUGACCACAUCGCCCUUGUCAACGCGUACGCCGCCUACGCUAGAAGGCUUAAGCUUGAUAACUCUAAGCAACUCCGUGUUUUCGAGGAUCUGGCGCGAAAUUUCUCCGAUCUCCUCACUCGGCCAACUUAUCGUGCCGCCUUACUCGAACCCGUUGGAGCCAUCGAAGAAAACGUCCUCAGGCAAUUCGAGAAGGAGGUGAAGGAUAAAGUUAAAAUUGCUCGACAGUUGAUCGGUGAGGCGAAGGAUUCGUUCGAUAAUCAACUUAAGAUCCAGAAGCUUAAAGAUACAAUCUUUGCUGUCAAUGAACAACUCACGAAGGCCAAGAAGCAAGGAGCUUUCUCAAGUCUAAUCGCUGCCAAGUCGAUCCCCAAGAGCCUCCAUUGUCUUGCGAUGCGGCUUGUAGAGGAGCGAAUCGCGCAUCCCGAGAAGUACAAGGAUGUUGGCCCCAAACCGGAAUUCGAGGACCCGAGCCUUUAUCACUAUGCAAUUUUCUCUGAUAAUGUGAUUGCCGCGUCGGUUGUGGUAAAUUCUGUUGUGAAGAAUGCAGAGGAGCCCUGGAAACAUGUGUUCCAUGUGGUGACGGAUAAGAUGAAUCUUGCGGCAAUGCAGGUUUGGUUUACCAUGCGGCCGGUUGAAGGAGGUGCCCAUGUUGAAGUGAAAGCAGUGGAGGACUAUAAAUUCUUGAAUUCUUCCUACGUUCCCGUUCUCAAGCAGCUUGAGUCCGCGAACCUGCAAAGGUUUUACUUUGAGAAUCGAGCAGAGAAUGCAACAAAGGAUACCAACAAUAUGAAAUUCAGGAACCCCAAGUAUUUGUCCAUGUUAAAUCAUCUUCGGUUUUACCUGCCGGAGAUGUACCCAAAUCUUCAUAGGAUCCUAUUUUUGGAUGACGAUGUUGUGGUGCAAAAGGACCUGACGGGAUUAUGGAAGAUUGAUAUGGAUGGGAAGGUGAAUGGGGCUGUUGAAACCUGCUUUGGGUCUUUCCAUCGUUAUGCCCAGUAUAUGAACUUCUCGCACCCUCUCAUAAGAGAAAGGUUUAAUCCCAAGGCUUGUGCUUGGGCCUAUGGAAUGAAUUUCUUUGACCUUGAUGCUUGGAGGCGAGAGAAGUGUACCGAGGAGUAUCAUUACUGGCAGAGCCUGAAUGAGAACCGUACAUUAUGGAAAUUGGGAACCCUGCCACCAGGUCUAAUCACAUUCUACUCAACAACAAAGCCGUUGGAUAAAUCAUGGCAUGUUCUUGGGCUUGGUUAUAAUCCGAGCAUAAGCAUUGAUGAGAUAAAAAGGGCUGCAGUCAUUCAUUAUAAUGGGAACAUGAAGCCAUGGCUAGACAUUGCAAUGAACCAGUACCGGCCCUUCUGGAGCAAAUAUGUGGACUAUGAGAUGGAGUUUGUGCAAGGGUGCAAUUUUGGCCUCUAGAUAAAUACCUUCUUUCAUGGGACAGUGAUGAGGUAACACCAAACAGAGUUGCAGUCAUUGUUCUGUUUUGGGUAGUCAUCUUUUUGGGAGUUCUUGUUAGCACUUAGCACCAAUUAUCAAUAGUCAGUUACAAUUUUUGGAGCAAAGCUCAUCAGUGUUUUCAUAAUUCUUUAUGGUGAAAACACUAUGUGAUCCUCCCUUUGGUUAGUUAUACUGUCUUCAAAUAUAAUUUGUUUGUACCUCGACCAAUUUAGUCUUGUGCACGUUGAAGCCAUUCUUGUGUAGCUUAGAUAAUCUUUCCAAAUGUAAUCAGAUAUUGCUAAAUGACAACAAAUAUCAAGAUCGUGGCAGAAGUUUGCUAAUUUGGUUUAACAUGUUCGCCUUAUUCUA